AUGGUUGAAGCAAAAGACGGAACCAUCUCCGUCGCUACUGCAUUUGCCGAUCACCAACGAGACAGUGACCACAACUUCCUAACCCAAACUGUUGAAAAAUCUUACAAAAGAGUUGACUGUGGUGAUGGUGGCCCUUUUGGUGCCGUUAUUGUUCACAAGAAUGAGGUUGUCGCUAGCUGCCACAACAUGGUUUUGAGAUAUACUGACCCUAUUGCACAUGCUGAAGUCACAGCCAUUAGAGAGGCAUGCAAGAAACUUAACCAAAUCGAGCUAUCAGAAUUCGAGAUUUACGCUCAUGUGGGCCUUGUCUUAUAUGUUUCAGAGCCAUCCAUCUCUCUAGACUCAAGGUAA